CACAAUCAGACGAGACAAGAUGGCAUUGAGGGCAGCAGUGAGGAAUAAGAGUGCUUUAUCAGCUCUUCUUUCCCAGCUGUCCCCCUGCAGCAGUCAUGGCAGAGUGUGUGUCACUCAGAGGAGGAACAACUCCACCUCACCCAAAAUAAAGGUGGAUUUUGACCAGAGUGCAGGUGUCGCAGUGAUGCGCCUGCAGAGUCCACCGGUCAACAGCAUGAGUUUAGAUUUCCUCACAGAGUUGUGCAUUAACUUGGAGAAGCUGGAGAUGGAUAAGAGCUGCCGAGGCCUCAUCAUCACCUCGAGCCAACCCAAGGUGUUCUCAGCCGGGCUGGACAUCAUGGAGAUGUACGGGAAGAGUCCUGAGAGCUGUGGAGAAUUCUGGAGAGCUGUUCAAGAGAUGUGGCUGAAACUCUACAGCUCCAACAUGAUCACUAUAGCUGCAAUCAACGGUUCCAGUCCUGCUGGUGGAUGUCUGAUGUCUCUGACAUGUGACUACAGGAUAAUGGCGGACAACCCGCGUUACAGCAUCGGCCUUAAUGAGACGCAGCUUGGCAUCGUGGCACCUUUUUGGUUUAAGGACACCAUGGUUAAUACAGUGGGUCACAGGACCACAGAGAUGGCCCUGGAGCUUGGAUUGCUCUACAACUCUUCAGAGGCCCUGAAGAUAGGCCUGGUAGACAAACUGGUACCAGAAGACCAGGUCUUGACCACAGCCACACAAACCAUGACCAAGUGGCUGGCCAUUCCAGACCACGCCAGACAGAUCACCAAGUCCAUGAUGAGGAAGCCAACCAUCGACAAGCUAACGUCCAACAGAGAGGCUGACAUCCAAAACUUUGUCAGCUUCAUCACCAAAGACUCCAUUCAGAAAUCGCUUCGUGUAUAUCUGGAGAUGCUUAAAAAGAGAAAGGGCUAGAGAAGACAGACAAACAUAUAAAAUGACCUACACAUGUCAGACUUUGUGAAUAGUUGAAAACACACCUGCCAUCAUUUUUAAUAACCCUAUGUGACGAAACUAGCUUGGGGAGAACACAUCCAAGAUCAACAGCAAUGAUUCAAUGACAAAAAAUAUUUUUCGAUCUCACUUUCCAGGAACUUAAGUUGAAAAGUAACACCAAGAAAUGUUCAAACUUUUCUCUUAUUUUGAGAAGAAUAAAUAAUUUCAGUAGAAUGUUCACCUUGUUGCUGUCCUCGUUUCUCAGGCUUUCAGUUCUCACAAAGUAAAUAAUGCAGUUUAUGAUGGCAGGCAGAUUUAUCACUCAAAAUGCAGCUAUGGCUAGUUAACAUAAGCUAAUUCCUCAGCUAGUGGGAUUUUGGAUGUUUUGUUCUUGGCUGUGUUUUUUCCCCCAAGCUAUAAUAUUUUUCUUAUUUGCCAAUGAAGUCAUCAGUAUUUAGUGUUAUAGAGAAGUAAAUGAUUUGAAAUUAAAUUGGCAUAGGCUUAAAAUAUGCACGUUGAUAUUAUUCUAAAAGAUUUAGUAUAAACAUCAGAAUCCUCCCCAGUAGCAAUAUGUGUUGCGGUGUAGCGCUAGUCAUCAUAACAUAGUAUGGUAUUAAACAAAAAAAAAAGACACUCCCCACACUCUUUAAAUGCCAAGUAUCACUCUUACUGCAGCCCCACACACACCACCUCAACAUGUGAGAAAAUUCGUACAGGUGACAGGUGUGCCAUGCCCUCAUAUGGCUUCUACAUUUGAUUGGACAGCCAUAUUUUGGUCAGUGACAGAGACAACAAAGCCUCACUAUUAAAGUGCCUAGCCUUACUGUACCUUAAAAAGCCAUAACAAAUAAUGAAAGUACGCUCAGUGCAUUUGAACAGCCCAUUGUGAGCAAAGCCUUUUGUCAUCUUAACAGAUUUGUGUAUAUUCACUUUUUUUGACUGUUUCUAAAAUAAAAUAAAUGGGUGCA